AUGCCUGACCCAGGUAUAGAGCCUGCUGCCCUCGGUGCUGGUGAGGCUGCUGCUCUAGGUGCUAGUGCGUCUCCUGCUCUGGUUGUUGGUGAGGCUGCUGCUCCAGGUGCUGGUGAGUCUGCUGUCUUUGGUACUACGCCUGCUGAGGCCUUGUACACCUUCACACUUGACUCAGGUGCUUCCCGCUCCUUCUUUCGCGACAGCAUCACCCUCACGCCGCUCAGCCGGCCGGUUCCAGUAUCCCUGGCAGACCCCUCUGGGGGGUCCAGUCCUUGCGCGCUCCUCCACGGUCCUGCCGUGUCCGGUGGUCCCGUCUGGCUCCCUGUCAGGUCUUCACCUCCCCUCGUUCUCUACGAACUUGGUCAGCUAGCGGCCCCCUGCUCGUGUCGCGCUUUCUCGCACCAGACCCUCCUUUGGCACCACCGCCUUGGUCACCCCUCGGUGCAGCGCCUUCGUAGCAUGCACCGCCGUGUCCUUGUCUCUGGUCUUCCCAGGGUUCUCCCUCCCCUCCCACCCUCGCCUGCUCCUCCCUGUCUUCCCUGUGUUGAGGGGCGGCAGCGCGCCGCUCCUCACUCCUCCUCGUUCCCUCCCACAGAGGCUCCCCUGCAGACUCUCCACCUGGACGUGUGGGGCCCAGUCCGCGUCCGUGGACAGGGCCACGAGCGGUACUUCCUGCUGGUCGUCGACGACUACACGCGUUACACCACGGUCUUCCCCUUGCGCACCAAGGGUGAGGUCCCUGAUGUUUUGAUCCCUUGGAUCCGCGCUGCUCGUCUCCAGCUCCGCGAGCGGUUCGGGACUUAUUUUCUCGUCCUGCGUCUGCACUCUGACAGAGGUGGGGAGUUUUCCUCCGACCUCUUGGCAGCCUUCUGUGCGGAGCAUGGCAUCCGCCAGACUUUCACGCUUCCGGCCUCUCCGCAGCAGAAUGGGGUUGCUGAGCGUCGCAUUGGCUUAGUCAUGGAGGUCGCUCGUACCUCCAUGAUCCAUGCGGCUGCCCCCCAUUUUCUGUGGCCGUUUGCGGUCCGGUACGCCGCGCAUCAGCUCAACCUCUGGCCCCAUGUCUCCUUGCCGGAGACCUCGCCCACACUGCUGUGGACGGGGAAGGUUGGCGAUGCGUCACGUUUCCGGGUCUGGGGUGAUCGUGCCUUUGUCCGCGAUACCACCGCGGACAAGCUCUCCGCCCGCACUGUUCCCUGUGUUUUCCUUGGCUUUGUCCCUGACGCGCCUGGUUGGCAGUUUUACCACCCCACCUCGCGCCGUGUCUUCCCCUCUCAGGAUGUCACGUUCGACGAGUCGGUUCCCUUUUACCGUCUCUUCCCCUACCGCACUGCCCCUCUCCCCCCCCCGCCGCUCUUCCUCGCUCCAGGUGCUCCCCAGGUAGACCCCCUCCCCGCUCCCGGUCCUGCUCCUUCAGCCUAG